CAUAGAAAACCUCAUAAAGUGAAAUUUUCAUGCCAUGGGACCUUUAAACCAGCCAUCACCACCCCCUCAGGGACAACGUAUGCAUAGCAGCGGAUCACCAUUAUAAUAUAAUUGUAGCUCUUAAAUCUUACAUUAAACAGCACAUUUAAAGUUGCCAGAAAAGGGAACCUGUAUUGCAGAACAGGGACAGCAGUGAGAGGUAGAAUACUCUGAUACGUCUGCUUUCAUUUCGUUCGGACACAGGGUAAGAGGGUGUUGCCUCUGAGUUUCUGACAGCCCUCUUCCAGACAUUCAAAUAGGCGUACGUGACUUGAUUCAGGCGAGUUGGAAACGCGUUCACUUUAUUGAUCAUAGCAGAAGCGUUCAAAACGCACCUCCUCGGCACCGUGCGCUAUCCUAGACAGAAGAGCCGCUCUCCAACAACACAGCUCAACUGUGGUGCACCUCCUCGGUACAGCCUAGCCGUAUCACACAGACAGAGACUCCUCUAGCACUGUAAACUUACUCAUCUGCUACCGGGAGGGACAUUGGAAACGAUAACACAAAGGUCUGUCCACCCCGUCAAACUGUUUAUUUCGGCUCUUCUAGCGCGUUGGUGUAUGCGGACAUUUUAGAUGCCCUUCUACUUUUAAAGGGUGCAGAGAUGUCCCGUCAGUCGGGGGCCAGGCAGCCGGGACCAACUAAGCGCCUCAGCUCAUUAUUUGUUUCUUUACAGGAGAAGCUCUCAAGAGACCGAGAAGACAGAGUCUCAACACACGUCGGCCAACCUGAAACUACCGAGGCAGGGAGCCCAGCACCCAACCACUUCUUCUUUGAGUUCCUGGUGGUGGUCAGUCUACAGCAGAAGACCAAAGACAGCCCCUAUGAGCCGCUCGUCAUCUACAAGUUCCCUAAGGAAAUAGGCCUCAGUCCUCCGCAGAGGGAAGAAGAGGAGAAGUCCCUGCAGGCCAUCACAUUGUUCUGUUUCCCUGAGGGAGUCAACUGGAUCCCACUCACACAAUACCAAAGUGAGACCUUCUCCUUUGUUCUGACAGAGACGGACGGCACCAGGCGGAAUGGCUUCUGCAGGCGGCUGUUGCCUCAUGGAAGAGGAAAGCGACCUCCAGAGGCCUACUGCAUCGUGAGCCAAGUUGCCUGCUUCGGCCUCUUCUCCAAGAUUUUUGAUGAGGUGGAGAAGCGGCGAGAGAAGUCCAUGGCGAUGAUCUAUCCCUUCAUGCAGAGCCUCAGAGAGGCGCCCUUCCCUGAACCUGGAGAAACCGUCCAGAUCAAGAGCUUCAUACCCGAAUCUGGCACUGAGAUAAUAACGCUUACACGGCCACUUGAAUCCAGGUUGGAACAUGUGGACUUUCAGAUACUCUUCUGCUACCUUUCCAACCAAGAGAUCUUGCAGGUCUUUGCCUCCACCCUAAUGGAGCGACGCAUUGUGUUCAUCGCUGAAGAGCUUGGCACCUUAUCGCAGGUCCUCCACGCUGUGGCGGCACUGCUCAGCCCCUUCGCCUGGCAGCACACCUUCAUCUCCACCGUGCCCACUGUGCUGAUGGAGGUCCUCAUGGCUCCCACACCCUACCUGCUUGGGGUGCACAAGAACACGAUGGAUGGUGUCUUUGACAAGGAUGAUGUGGACGAUAUGCUGAUGGUGGAUUUGUCGUCCAAAGUGAAGGAACGAUUUUUGUCAUGCGUCGGAGAUGAGGACUCUAUACUCCCUGAGACACUCAAAAACGAGCUCCUUGAAGCUCUCUGUGCCAAGAAAGACCAUUCCACUCCGGAGGAGAUCAACACCUUAGUCUCAGAGGCCUUUGUUUCAUUUUUCAUCAAGACAGUGGGUCACUACUCAGCCCAUGUGAAGCGCAGCAAAAGCCAACAGCCUGGAAUCUUUCAAAGGAAGACCUUCUGCAAGUCAAUAGAGAACAAGUCUCACCAGCAAUUUGUCACCAACUUCAUAGAGACCCAGAUGUUUGAUGUCUUCAUUCAGGACGUAGAGAGACGACCGGCUUCCAAUGACGGUUUUUUCAGCAGAAAAAUUGCAGAAUAUGAAGAGACGAAGAAAGAGACAGACCGGAUGCGAUGGAGGAGAAGGUUUUUGGUGUAAAUUGGGUCGGGAAGGAAUCGCUGUCCCAGCACACCGGUGAGCGGAUUUAAUGUGUCGGAAGAUGUUGACAUCGAUGACAUCGAGGAUGACAUCGAUGUUGUGAACUUAAUAUUCCAAUGCAAUGAAGGGGACCAAGAAGUCUGGGCUAAUGUGAUUAAGGAAGUCAGGGUUAAUGUGAUGAAGGGGACCAAGAAGUCUGGGUUAAUGUGAUAAAGGGGACCAGGAAGUCUGGGUUAAUGUGAUGAAGGGGACCAGGAAGUCUGGGCUAAUGUGAUGAAGGAGACCAGGAAGUCUGGUCUAAUGUGAUGAAGGGGACCAAUACGUCUGGGUUAAUGUGAUAAAGGUGACCAGGAAGUCUGGGUUAAUGAGAUGAAGGAGACCAGGAAGUCCGGGUUUCAUAAUGUGAUGAAGAUGACCAGGAAGUCCGGGUUUCAUGUGAUGAGCCACGAGCAACCCCCUCUAAGAAGACGUGUCCUGGUGGGAUUCCAAAAGCAAUGUGUUGGUUAACAGACUCUCAGAUGGAUCUAUGUUUAUUGCUGGCUAGGGAGGGGGAAGGAAAACGGGAGUUCUUUAUGUUUAUAUUCAAUAAACAUUAACAUAUAUUUAUAAUACAAAUAUACAGUACCGUGUUAUAUCAUCUACAAUAUAUAAAGUAUUUAUAGCACAAAUUUGAAAAGAUGGAUUGACUUGCAAGGAAAUCUUUUGGAAACAGUGAAUUACAUGUCGUUUGUCAUUUGUCUUGUAGCUAAUGCCAUAACUACUCAAAGUACUCAAACUUUGUACUUUGUACUUGUAAUAAUAAGGGCUAAGCCACACAUCCACUCAGGUAAAUGUCCAAGUACUACUACUACUGUCUUAUAAAGUUUAAGUAAAGGAGUGCUUGCUCCAAAUGUACAUGUUCAUUGUUGGCAUUGUUUGAGAUUGAAAUCAGCCAUCACCUCUGUAACUCCCGCAACUGUGGCUAUUUAAAUGUACAAUUAUUUUGCAGUAAUAUUUGUGUAUUGCAAGCCAUUGCAACCAAAUAUUACAUUAUAUAAAUAAAUUAAAUUGCCCAAUACAA